CCAUGGAACCCAGCGAUGCCAAUGUUGAAAAUUCGGAAAUUCCGAAGACGUUGGGUCCUGACGGUGUUUCUCAUUGGUUCCUUGAUAUUUUUACUGUCAAAAACUCUUUCAAAUAACCAGGACCUAGUCAAUGAGCAGUAUGAAAUAAAGCGGACAUUUUUAAGGCAACCGUUUGAGUGGCAACCGAAGAUCCCAGAUCUGCCAGAGGCUAACUCAAGUCGACAGUGGAUAUGUAGGAAUUCUGUUCAGGGGCAAAAACUUAUAGUGGAUGAACGAGGUUAUGUGUGUGACCGAGGACAUGUCGUAAGUGGGGGAUGCUGUGACCUCAAACAUGCCCACACAUCAAAGCACAGCUGUGAUACCUGUAAGAAGAAUGGAUGUUGUGAAACAUAUGAAUAUUGUGUGUCUUGCUGCCUGCGUCCAGAGAAGAAACCUUUGAUGCAGAAAAUUCUGAAAGAAGGAAGAGAAGCCCUGGAUAAGCUGUUUGCAUCUGUAGAUAAUCUGUUUGAACUUUGUCUCUCCAAGUGUAGAACUUCAUCAAUGAGUGUACAACAUGAGAACUCGUACAGGAACUCUGACACCAAGCACUGUUACGGGGAGAACCCCCCUGACCUCCAGGCGUCACUGCCUGUGUGAGAGACUGUUGUGAUAGGAACAUAUCUGUACAGUAUUUAUUUUUAUAGGCCUGUGUAUAUAUAUAUACCUUCAGGAUAUGUAAAUAACCAAGUUAUGCACCUGACUGUAAAUAUCAUUGUAACUGAAUGUUGUACACAGAGAAAAGCCAAUGCUAAGCUAUUUAAUAGUGGUUGCUUUUAAUGUUAGAAUAUCCAUGUAUCCAUGAUACAUACUAUUCUUUAAACUUUGACACAUCAAUUGAAGUCGUAAUAUA